GUGCAGAGCUACUGCAUCUCCCCAGAGCUAACAGGGAGCUAGCAGCUCAGAGGGAGGAGACACGGUCAAACCCAGCCUCUGUGUGUGUUUGUGUGUUUAAGUGUGUGUGUGUAUGUGUGUGCGGUUGUAAGUGUGUGCCUGUCGCAGACUAGCAGGCACGGCCACUGCUGCACUCUUGUUUCAUCAGACUUAUUUCUUUUAACCUUGCCUUGCCACAGUGCUCAGCUCAGGCCUGCUUCUUCCUCCACUUCAGGAUAAAGAGGGAUCAGCGUGGGGGGACAGGAGAGAACAGACGGCAGCCUUCCUUUCCCUCCUUCUUUACUCUAUCCACCUCGUAGUUGCUGACAGCUCCUGGCGGACGUGCAGGCAGGAUGAUAGCAGCUCAGCUUUUGGCCUACUACUUCACCGAGUUGAAGGAUGAUCAACUCAAAAAGAUUGAUAAGUACCUGUACUCCAUGCGGUUCUCGGAUGAGACGCUGAAGGACAUCAUGAACCGGUUCCGCAGGGAAAUGGAGAACGGGCUCGGCCGUGACACCAACCCCACUGCCACUGUCAAGAUGCUGCCCACUUUUGUCAGGUCCAUCCCUGAUGGAUCAGAAAAGGGGGACUUCAUAGCUCUGGACCUUGGGGGAUCGAACUUUCGGAUCCUGCGUGUCAAAGUGACACAUGACAAAAAGCAGCCAGUCCAAAUGGAGAGCCAGGUCUAUGACACCCCUGAUGACAUCAUCCAUGGCAGCGGGUCACGGCUCUUUGACCAUGUUGCAGAUUGCCUGGGCGACUUCAUGGAGAAGCAAAAAAUCAAGGAUAAAAAGCUUCCUGUAGGAUUUACGUUCUCCUUCCCCUGUGCCCAAUCCAAACUAGAUGAGGCAGUCUUACUGACAUGGACAAAGAAGUUUAAAGCCAGUGGGGUCGAAGGCAUGGAUGUCGUGAAGCUUCUGAACAAAGCCAUCAAGAAACGAGGGGACUAUGAGGCAGACAUCAUGGCGGUGGUGAAUGACACAGUUGGUACCAUGAUGACCUGUGGAUUUGACGAUCAGCGCUGUGAAGUCGGCAUCAUCAUAGGGACAGGAACAAAUGCCUGUUACAUGGAGGAAUUGCGUCAUAUUGAUCUGGUGGAAGGAGAUGAAGGGCGAAUGUGCAUCAACACAGAGUGGGGUUCCUUCGGGGAUAACGGAUCCAUAGAAGACAUUCGCACAGAGUUUGACCGAGAGAUCGACAGGGGCUCUAUCAACCCAGGAAAGCAGCUGUAA